AUGGCCAUGGCGCAGGGAGUGCUGAUGGCGCUCCUGAUGGCGAGCUUGGUGGGAGCUUCAUGGGCGUCGAAGGAGGCAGAAGGGACGAGUACGUCUCGUGAGAGCUUCGUUCAUGCCAGACAAUGGGACUGGCUCGGUCCUUUCCCCAUGGGCGAGCACGAGCAGGCGGUGGAUGUCUUCUGCCCAGCACUGUGGGGUGAUGGCGCAAGUGACAGGCUCCCAUCGCGCAACAAGAGCAAGUACAUCAGCGAGUAUGUUCCUGGAGGGUAUGUGUCGUGGCAGCAGCAUAUGGCAGACUCUAGUGGCGUCUUGAACAUCCAGUAUCAGGGGCUAGGAAGAAAUCCCUUCUUCGGCUGGGCCAUCGGCGAGAUGAAUGUGCAGCACGAUACAUGCUUGAUACUGCAGGUGGUUGGGACAGUGUGGAGUGCUUAUGUCGAUGGAGCAUCGCUGCUCUACUUGUCCAAAGGAUCGCACAAGUUGUUCGUGAAAGUGAAGUCCACAACAGCCUCUGCUUCGUUCCAGUUCCGAUCCUCUCCCUGUGGUGAGCCUCAUGGGAAGCUUGAAGUGAUCAAACUUCUGCCUGGAGACUGGCGGGUUGGCCAUGGGAAAUGGUCUCAAGGGCCCCCAGCUUACGACCUUCCUGAUGUGGUGGGCAACGCUCUGUUCACCGAUAUGGUUCACGUGCGUGUUGCCAACGUGGGUCAAGGAUGGUUGAGGGAUGUAAGGAUGCGCGUGCUUGCUACAGAUUUGAUCGCUGCCUCUCAAUCGGAGCAGACAGUCUCCCUUGCUCCCAAUCAGCGAUCCGUCUUGUUUGCUCCCUUGGCCCUGCAUCCCACCAACGUCUCCUCCGUCCCACAGGCAGCUUGUCCUCUCCAGGUUAAUCUCCGCAUCGAGCACUCGGGGGGGCGGGAGGGAUGGACGGAUACCUCCUUGCGCCUACGAUGUCGGGCUCGCGAUGAGAGUUUUAUCUUCACCUUCAUCGACUUUGAUGGGUUUCCGAAAUCUCCAUGUGUCGCCUCCACAAAGAAGGAUGACACGGAAGUAAGCGAGGAUGACGGCUGCCCUGUCCUCCUCUCCAUGCACGGCAUGGACGUCACAGCUCAGCGGCAAGCAGACGCGUACAGGUCGAAGGAGUCCUUGUGGGUGCUGGCUCCUCAUGGGAGGAGCACCCACUCGUUCUUCUGGCAAGGACCAGGACACUGGAACGCGGAAGGAGCUUUACGAGCCCUCGUGAUCUACAGCUCAAUGUCGAACAAAACUUUCAAAGCAUCGUCCUCCCGUGUGAUCUUCACGGGUCACUCCAACGGGGGUUAUGGAGCUCUCAUGCUUGCGGCUCAAAACCCCUCGAGGGCCAUCGGCCUGGCGCCAUUGGCGGGAAUGCCUUCCCUCGGCUCCAGCGGGAGAGAGGGGACCUUCGCUUCCUUCCCCAUCGCAGACCCGAACUUAGAUCGCAUCCUCUCCCUCUCGUCAGCUCAGUAUCAGGUCGAGCUUCUUGCCGAAAGUCAAAGUCGAAAGAGUCUUUUUGCAAGCUUCGUGAACUACCUGGCAAGCCUCACUGGUGGUGGGACACAAAGUCUGAGAUGGAUGGAGGAGUCCUCGACGACUCUGAGAUGUGAUGGGAAGAGAAUGACAUGCUCUGUCAAGCUCACUGAUUGCAGGAGGGACUUCUGGAGCUUAUGUGUAAGAAAGACGGAGAGAAUGACUUGCUACGACCUGUCAACCUGCCGCUCAAUCUCUGGAGUUUUCCCCCUGCAAGCUCUGACGAUCGGUCAAGCAAUCUCCAUCACCGUCACUAAGACAGCAGAGACGAUUGACAUCACCACCAACAACCUUCGCCGGUUGAAAGGUUCUUUCCUCAAGUCGUUUCAAGUUGAUCCCAUCGGCUCACGGACGAGGAUCAACAUUGAUGGUACAGUUUUCAGCACACAAGCUGCUGCCCUCUCCUACUGCAGAGAUUCCUCAGCUGAUCGCUCCAACCCUUCGCGAUGGUUUGCAUGCUAUUCAGCUCAAGAGCAAGGCGAUAGUUGCUCAUGCUGCUCAGAGCGAGGGCAGAGGCCUCGAGAGAGCCUCGGGCCGAUGAGGAACAUCUUCAAGCGUCCUCUCGCUUGCAUCUUCUCUGGUGGCGCGUCAGCAAGUGAGAGGGACGUGCAGUUCGAGGUUUGCCAGAUGCUCUCACAGAACUGGUUUGAGUCGGGAGCUGGGAUCGCGUCUCACCCUGUCUUGGGUGCUUCCACCAGCAUGCAGAUGAUGAGCGACAUCGAAUUUCAACAGCUUCGGACUCAUCCUUCGGCAAAGGACUUCAACCUCAUCGUCCUCGGCAGCCCAGGUCAGAACCUGUUGAGCAGGGAACUUGAAGCGCUUGUGCCGGUGAACAUCUCCAAGUCUUCCGGCUCUUUGGCCUUCCAGCUGGGCUCCUGCAACUUCUCAGGAGGAGGCCAUGGCUUGACGACGCUCGGACCAUGGGGUUCAGCAUGCAGCGAAGGCUUGUUCGUGCUCGUGAUGGGACAAGAUCUCCCUUCCUUCCACAGAGCCGCCCAUGUUCUCACCGAUAGCCUCUUCGAGACCAACCACUGGAACGCCCACAGGCAGCACCGUCAUGGCGAUUAUGCCAUCGUGGGGCCACGAUUCGGGAGCCAUGGCGUGCAAGGGAUCGUUGCGGCGGGGUUCUACGGGAAUCAGUAUCGGCAACCCUUGGGGCCCUUGUGGGCCUUUGGGUCCUGUAGCGCCUGCAAAGCCUGGGGGACCGUUGGCUCCGUUGGCUCCGUUCGUUCCGGGGGCACCAGGGGCACCAGGGGGUCCGCGACCACUGAGACAAACAUGAGGAGCAGAAGGGGAGUCCCUGAGGUCCAGGGGGUCCUGGGGGUCCCUCCUGCGGAGAAAGUCAAGAAACCGGGAGAAAGGUCCCUUCGCUCCCUUCCUUCCUCGCGGUCCUUGAGGCCCGAUGUCUCCCGGCAAUCCUCUUGGUCCAGGGCUCAAGGAGAUCUUGAUCUUUCUAUGCUCAUGAGUAGCAAGGUCACGUUGAAGCGUCUUGACUUUCUUGGACAUGUUCUCAACUACGCAUACGAGCGUCAGCAUGUCUUUCACAGCGACUCUUGCAUUGUCUGA